AUGUCCGGCCCGUACAGCCAGUUCCUGGAUCUCGACAACACCCGGGAUCCGUACGCCUUCGAGGAUCCAGACAUCUUCCAGAACCCAAUCCUCAACGACAUGUCCCUCUUAGGACCUGAUGAGUACCAGCAGUCAUACAAGCCUCAGUCGCAGUACCAGCAACCAUGCAACCCCCCUCAGUCGCAGUAUCAGUCGCCAUACACGAACAACUUCCAGCAGUCGAACUACCAGUCUCCAUACAACAACAACAACCCCUACCAGCAACCCUUGAACAAUAACGCCUACAUCCAGCCUCCCCCUCCUCCCCAACAGACGCUCACCGAAACCGCAGAGCCCCUCUCCAAACGUCUCCGAUCUCGUCACCCAAAGCCCAUCCCCGUCCCCGCUCGCUCAACGACACCCGACGGCGAACCCCCCUACCACCUAACCCUCUUCUCCUCCCACAACCUCCCAGGCACAGUCUCCUCCCUCCUCACAGCCCACCUCCAAGUCCCCCUCUACACAACCCUCGAAGAGCGCACCCGCCGCGAGAACGAAAUCAAGCACCUCUUCUCCGCCAACACAAACACAACUCUCCCCCCUCCCUCGCCGCGCGUGAAGAAUCUCCCAGGCCUCGCCGACUCCUCCUCGGCCACAAAGAUCUACAAAAUCCGCGCCGCCCCCUGCCCCCCCGAAAUCACCUCCCUCCCCCCCCAACCCGACCUCGGCAAAUUCAUCAAAAUCGACGACUCUCUCGGUCCCAAAGACGACCCCCGGCGCAUACAGGCGAUGGACUACAACAACCACCUGGCAGCCUUGCGCCUCCGCAACCUCAAGAACCGCAACAACGUCGCCGCGAUGCGCAGCCGGAACCGGCGCGACAGGGCGGCGGUGCUCCGCGCCGAGGAGGCGAGCUUCGCGAAGGCGGAGUGUCGGUACUGGAAGGCCAAGGCUAUCGCUGCUGGCGCGGACCCAAAGGGUUGGGAGUAUCUGCCGGAUGUGGCCAAGGAGGCUGUCACUGCGGAUUACCGUAUUGACGCGUUGGAUUUCUUUCAGGACGUGGGCGAGGUCGCGCCUGCUACGCCCAAAAAGGUCCUCAAGAGAAAGCGUUGA